AUGUCAACCAUACAGAAGGUCCAAGUGGACGAUAAUGGUACUGAGCUAGCGUAUAUCGACUCUGGGAAGCCGAGUGGAGAUACGUACACGACGCUAGUCUGCGUUCAUGGUCACUCGUAUCAUGCUCAAAACUUUUCACGUCUUCUAGCUCUUGCUAAAAAACACAACCUACGCAUCAUCGCUCUCAAUCGACGUGACUACACCGGGUCCACACCAUUCUCCCAAGCCGAGUUACAAGUCCUCAAAGAUGGGACUGAUUCUGAGAAACACGAGUUCAUGCGAGCUCGAGGGCUUGAAAUCGCCAAGUUCCUCGUAUGGGUGAUCAAAGAGCUGAAGAUUCCGCGUGCCAGUGAGGAUGGGACGGCAGGUGGACUUGCGUUAUUGGGUUGGUCUUUAGGCAACAUUACGACGAUAGCGUUUCUCGGAAACUUGAGCUCGUUCCCGGAGGAUAUUGUACAAACUUUGGAGCCGUAUUUGAGGACGUUCAUUAUGUAUGAACUCCCAGACAAUUGUUUCGGAUACCCUCGUCCAGAAGGUUACUACCACCCCUUCGAAGACGCCUCAAUCCCGGAACGUAUCCGAGGUAUCAGCUUUGGGAAAUGGGUAUCAUCCUACUACGAACAUCCAGCAUACAAAGUCGAGUCAUCGUCAGUGGAGCCUUCUACAACUACAACUACAACCACAACCACAAACACGGGCUCUGUCUUCCCACCCGGAAACCGCACUCUCGAUGCCCUACAAUUACGCGCACCAAAGAAAUCAGCUCGCCCAUGUACACUCGACAAGUUCACACCAAAUGAGAUUUUAACUUGCGUCGAUAUCGCUCCAGGCCCGCGAUCCGAAUGGCCUCUGUGGCAUCUUCCGUCUUCUCUCCUGCAAGAACAGAAACGUCGAGCUUUCCUUGCUGGUAGUGAGCAAAUAGCCUCGGACUCAGAGGCUGGAGGAAACGAGAAAUUGCGACUGCCGAAACUCAAGAUCCACGUCAUAUGCGGACUUGCCUCCUUGUGGGUCGUUCAAUGGGAGACGUGGAAUCUUGAGGAGGAAUAUCUGAAGUGGGCUAGUGAAGGAAAAGAGAGGAGGCCUGUCAAGUUCGUGCCUGUAGAAGGUGCUAAUCAUUUUUUACACUGGGACGACUCGGAGCAGUUCUUAAAGCUUUGCUCGGACGGCAUCAAGUCGUGAGAGGACAGAUUAACUUUGGGUUUGUAUGAUAUAGAACAUUCGUGUCGUAGAGCGUAAAAUCAUUACACAGUCGUAAGGAAUUAGAUGUG